UAUACGACGACAACGAGGGAGGACGCUGCACGCAUUCGUCUUUGAAUCUCUCUUUUCACUGAUGUGGAUUUCGAAGGACUUUAUUUCUUGAACUACCUGUACAUUUAUAAGGAGUAAUCCAUCAUAAGUUGGAGAGGUUGAAGGCACUUCAUCAGGCAGUUAGUCCUACAAGUUUCUUUCAAGUCGGAGAAACAACAACAUGGGACGAAAGAAGAAGAAGCCAAUGAAGCCGUGGUGCUGGUACUGCAACCGAGAGUUUGAGGAUGAGAAAAUUCUGAUUCAGCAUCAAAAGGCAAAGCAUUUCAAGUGUCAUAUAUGUCACAAGAAAUUGUAUACAGGCCCCGGACUGGCCAUUCAUUGCAUGCAGGUCCAUAAAGAAAACGUAGACAAAGUCCCCAACGCAGUGCCAGGCAGGUACGACAUUGAGGUUGAGAUCUACGGCAUGGAGGGUAUACCAGAGAAAGAUCUAUUAACACACGCAUCAAAGUCACACCAAAAAGACAAAGGGGAUGACGAUGAUUCUCCAAAGCCUAAGGUGGCACAACAGAGCACCACACAAGACCUCCCACCACCCCCUAUGAUGCCUGGUAUGAUGCCAGGCCAGGUGCCAGGAAUGCCUGGUCCGAUGCCAGGCAUGAUGCAUGGCGGUAUGAUGGGUCAGAUGGGUCCCAUGCCCGGCCAGAUGCCUGGACAAAUGCCUGGUCAGAUGCCCAGACAAAUGCCCGGUCAGAUGAGGGGUCCGAUGCCACCUGGGAUGCCCCCUGGGAUGCCACCAAUGCCUCCUAGGCUCCCCGGAAUGCCGCCAUUUAUACCUGGUAUGCCGAUGCCACCUAUGCCCCCCGGGUUCAGACCUAUGAUGGGUGGUCCACCCGGUAUGCCACCCAUGCCCAACCUUCCCGGGAUGCCCCCCGUCCCACCUAUGAGACCCCCUUCCAUAACUACCUCCAGUGGAUCCAUCAGUGCACCCCCAGUGAUCUCCAGUGCAGUGACGAUAUCAAGCAGUCAUCCACAGCAACAACCUAAACCUCUGUUUCCAAGUGCAGCUGCUACGGCAUCAUCAGUCAGCGGACCAAGUAGCGUUGGCUUCACAGCCCCCUCUAACAUCGGUCCAGUCAAACCAACAUUCCCAGCUUAUGCAACUCCUGCUCCUGACCAGGCCAAGCCCGCUGUGCCAGCAGUCAGCACGACAACGGCGACGGUCACGGCAGCGGCCCCUAAGCUGAACACCCCGAGUACGACGGAGAAAACUUCGUCUAGUGGCAAAGCCAUGACAUCAGGUACCAGUAAGAUAGUGCAUCCUGAUGACGAGAUGUCGCUGGAGGAGUUCCGAGCCGCUUUGCCAAAGUACAAUAAAUCGGCAUCAGCUGUGGCAAGCUCUGCGCCUGUUAGUGCGCCCUCUAUGCCCCCUCGUCCCCCUCACAUGAUGCCCGGCAUGCCUACUUUAUCCCAGCCACCCGUCAGACCUCAGGGUAGCAUGGUGCAAGGUGGUAUGGCCAUGCCUCCACAGCAGCAUAACAACCCCAUGGGUAUGAUGCCCAAUCAACCUGGUGGCAUGAUGCAAGGCAUGCCAGGACAGAGUGCCAUGCACCAGAUGCAGCAGCGGAUGGCCGCCGGGGCUCAGAACCCUCAAGCCGGCAUGUUUGGCGGGCAGCACAUGAUGGCGGGCAUGAACCCAAUGGGGGCGAUGCAACCUCACCCUGGUAUGCAGCAACAACAGCAGCAAGGACCAAGAAGAUACUGAAUAUAAACAAGGGACUGUUCCUCCGCUUCUUAAUCCACCAGCAUUCAUGUAAUUUGCUUGACCCUGUGGCCAUUGAUAUUCACAGGCAAGUGUUCCAUGUUUAAACUUUAGAAAAAGGAAAAAAGUGAUGAUGUUAUUUGUUAAAGACAAUAAUGCACGUUGUGUAAAUAUAUAUAUUUUUUAUCGUCCCAACUGUUUGUUUUUUUAAGAUCCCGGGAUGCAGAAGUAGUAUUUCAAAGCGACUCAAAGUUUCUGGUUUUCAAAUUAUUGCGGGCUCAAGCUGAUGUCAUUGUUCAGACCUCCUGUGAAUUAUUGUUUUAACUGUCAUUGCUGAAUGCAACGCGCCUAUAAAUCUUGACUCUCAUAUUAAAAACUUUGCAAAAAUAAAAAAAUAAACCAAAGUUUGUUGUGCUUUCAUGGAGGCAACUAUUUCACCAAAUUGAAAUUCAAGAGAGUGAGCAUUCAAGAAAAGUGUUUUGCAGUUACAAAAUUAUACCUUUCCUUUCUAAGAUAGUAAAUAAGUUCAAAGUGGCCCUCAGUAAAAUGAUCUACUAUUAGGGAGGUAAAUUUAAACUUUAUGUACAUAUUCUCAGGAAAUGGCAUAAAUCCCUUAUUGAGAGAAUAUUAUUGGGUUGAUGAAGUUGUGUUUGUUCUCAAUAACUAACCAAUGAAUGGUAGGUGUUUCAUUUACUCUUUUGAUGUAUGUGUGUAUUAUGCCAACAAAACUAGAACAGAUUCCAAGCAGAUGCAGGAAGCAAAGUACAGAAGAUAGUCUCACAUCUUUGCACAAUUUCAUAGAGCUGCUUAAGCACAAAAACUAGCUAAGCACAACAAAAUUAUGCUUACCAGAACAUGGCUAACAGCUAAAGUACCAUGCAACAUGUAGCAUCUGUGACUGGUAUCCUGCUUACUAUUGCUUAGCAAAAAUUUGUUGAGCAAUAUUUUUGGCCCUAGGCCCAAUUCCGGUUGAGCUACUUUUAAGACAUUAUUGCUUAAUAAUUGUUUGCUUAGCGGAAAUGAGCAGGAAGCCAUUUGAAAAUGUACUUGAGACAUAGUAUUGUUGGCUGGUAACCUUAUUCUUGUAAGCAUCAUUUUGUUGUGCUUAGCUACUUUUUGUGUUUAAGCAGCUCUAAGAAAUUGGGCCUUGCUUUGUCUUUGAUGAUUCCUUAAACAUCCGGAAAAUCCGUUCUGGUUUUAUGGACAAACACUUUCAGAGACAAUAUUUCCUGCAGUGCAAUUCAGGUUGUGGCGUCAUAUGUUGCAAAAUUGUGAAUCACACUUGACUCCAUGCCACCAUGUGGUAUCUCAUUCGAUUGGUGCUGUGCUUUUUUAAUCUAGUUGCACUCAACCUCGUUCCCGGUGGUGUACGAUCUCUCUGCGCCAUUUUUUCCCUUCCCAGAAAGCCUUGCUCGAUUGCAACCCCUUGAAGUGUAACUUGAAAGUAUCCAAAUAUAUUGGAUAUCUAAAUUAGUUCUGUUGUUAAUCCAUUCUGUGUUGAGAGACUAUGCAAAAUGCGCUGUCAAAAGACACAUCGAUAUGUUUAUCUGUAUGCAGUUUAGGGAAGAAAAAAAACAUGACUCAUUUGAAGUAAACUGCGUCAAAAUGUUUACACGCGUGUAAUAAACGUCCGCCAAGCAACAUACAAGUGCUGGAGAGUUUUUAACAAGUGUGCACGCAAAACAGUAUCUUUUGAUCAGCCAAUCAGCAUUGGGUUUGAGUGUUUCCCUCAUGGGGUAUAGUAACGAGAUGUAUCGAUACGACGCGCUGAUCAUGGUAGCGAGGUUGAGUUGCACUAGGACAAAUUCAGUUUGUAACGAUAUCAUGAUCAUCACACAACCUUGUGACACUGCUGAGCCUGUACUUUCACCAUCAGCAACAAAAUGGUUGUUGCAGUGGUUUAUAUAUGUAACGUUUGGCAAAAAAGGCUACAGUCUACUUAACAAAAACAAUGUUUGCAGUAUGGUCUCUGAAGGUUUACAAAUUGUUGUUUCUAGUGACUUUUAGGUAUCUUAUGUGAAUCAUGAAAUCCAGUACCACUUGGUCAGGUAAAGUUGAUAUGGCUAGGGUGGAAAAUAAUCAAUGUAAGUAUUUAAAGGAAUUAAUGGAAUCUGAGUUUAAAUUUUUGUUUAUAAUAACUAAGUUUCCUUUGCUGGCAGACUGUUAAUUACUUGAACAGUUUAAAAUAAUUGACAUUUUUGAUUAUCAGAAUUUUAAAUUUCAACCCUUGGGUUUCUUAUUCUUUUAGUUCAUUAAUGUUAUAAACCUGUUUGAUAAUGACCAAUCUGCAAAGGGGAUAUGGGACAAAGAACUGAAUUACGGUUCUUUAAAAAAUAAGAAGUUCAUAUGUACCAGUGAACCAUCAGUGUCCAAUCCAUGAUGAUGUGUUUCCAAAGUGUAAGUAAAGUUUGCGUAUGUUCUUUGUUAAGCCUGUUCAUACUUCCUGCGAAUGCAAUACGAAUUUUAAGGGCGCACAAAACAAUUAAUAAUUAAUUCACAGCAGUUUGACUGUGCUCAACUCCAGUGAAACAUUCGCUGUGAAAACAUCUAUGUGACAGAAAAAUUUGCUCUGCAUUUGCACUCGUAAGGAAGUAUGGACCGUGCUUUACGGUACACAUACAUACACAAAAUUUUAUAAAUUUGAUUUCGACCCAACUUGCCCCAAAACAAUUUUUUUUUCUUCCUUUAAAAAACAAAAAGCAGUCAAGGUUUGUCGAUUUCUCCUUACACAGGUUUGAUUUCUUUUUUGGUUUUUAAUUAAAGAUUAGCGAUAAUAAAUAUGAAUUGUUCAAAUGCAU